AUGUCGCCGACGGUGAGGAGCCGAGGCAACGCUCACACCCGCAAAGAACUACAGAAAGAGAUCCUUAAACGCCAGGCCAGCAGUAAAGAACCGAAGCAAGACAAGGAAGAUGAAGGAACAGGAGGAGUUGUUGGUGUCAUAGAGCCGUGGACGCCCGGCUCAUACACAGCUCUCAAGGCUCUGUUGUCAGCUCGUCUCUGUGCCGCCAUAUGGGCUCUGAUCAAUGACUGUGAUGAAACUUACAAUUAUUGGGAGCCUACUCACUUCCUGCUGUAUGGGAAGGGGUUCCAGACAUGGGAGUAUGCCCCCCAGUACGCUCUCCGCUCCUACACCUACAUCCUCAUCCAUGCAGUGCCCGGUUGGAUAUAUUCCAGUCUAUUGCAGUCCAACCGCAUGCUUGUUUUCUUCUUUAUACGAUGCAUGCUGGCCCUGGGAUGCUCCGGCUGUGAGCUUUACUUUUACAGAGGCAUAUGUAAAGAGUUUGGGGCAAAUGUUGGCAGACUGACACUGUGUAUCUUGGUAUUCUCUGCGGGCAUGUUCAUAUCUUCUACAGCGUUCCUUCCGUCCAGCUUCGCUAUGUAUAUGACAUUGAUGUCAAUGGGGGCUUGGUAUCACCAGUCUUAUGAGCUUGCCAUCUUCACUACUGCAGUAUCAACUUUCCUAGGAUGGCCUUUUGCUGGAGCACUUGGCAUUGCCAUUGCGUACGACAUUGUGUUUCGGAAGAAGCAGAUAAUGAUGUUCUUCAAAUGGUGCGUCAUCUCAGCUGUGACGGUGUUGGUGCCGAUGGUCCAGAUCGACUCUCAGUACUUUGGUCGCCUGGUAAUCGCUCCUCUCAAUAUUGUGGUGUACAAUGUCUUCACCUCCCACGGCCCAGACCUGUACGGCACAGAACCCUGGACUUUCUAUCUCUUCAAUGGCUUCCUCAAUUUUAAUUUUAUAUUCCCAGCUGCACUACUCUCACUUCCAAUCUGUGGAGUCAUGGCAUACGUGGUGCAGCUGCCGAGGAAGAACACCGCCACGUACCUUCCCUUCUGGUUAAGCUUGUCUCCUCUGUACCUCUGGCUGACCAUCUUCAUGUUACAGCCCCACAAAGAGGAGCGCUUCCUCUUCCCUGUCUACCCUCUUGUGUGUCUGGCCGGAACAAUCACCAUCGAUUGCUGUCAGAAGCUGUGGUCAUCUCUCUUGAUUGUAAAACGACAGCACUAUUUGAACCACACCAACUGGCUGGCCCUCACUGUUGUCAUCCUCACCUCCACACUUGGUGUGUCACGCAUCGUUGGACAGUACAGAGCUUACCACGCACCGCUGGAAACCUUUAUGGAAUUAAACCGUUUGGCAGCAGAGGAAGGUUUUCCCUCAGACCGACCCAUCAAUGUCUGCAUGGGCAAGGAGUGGCACAGAUUCCCCUCCUCCUUCUUCCUCCCUGGCUUAAACUGGAAUCUACAUUUUAUCGAAAGUGAAUUCAGAGGUCAGUUACCGAAGCCGUAUUCUCAAGAGGCCAAUGGAACCAACAUUAUCCCUGACAAUAUGAAUGACUCCAAUGAGGAAGAAAGAUCCAGAUAUGUAGCGCCGAACACCUGCCAGUUUUUGAUAGAGUUAGACCACGAGGAGGAAACGCCAAGGGAGCCUCGCUACUCACAACGCAGUUCAGACUGGACUGUACUACACACUGUGCCUUUCAUGGAUGCUGCCAGAUCGCACAGACUGCUGCGGGCUUUCUACGUUCCCUUCAUGACGGAGCGACACUGUACCUACAUCAACUACACCUUGAUGCAGUCCACAAAAUGGAAACCCAAGAGUCGAUAUCCUGGGCGAUUAUAGUGAUAUUCCGGGCAAAUAUAGAGAAUACAUUUAAGACAAACGGUUAGAAAAAACUUAUGUUGUAGAGUACUAUCGUGUCCUACAAAACUGUUGAAGUUAGUUUUAUUUUAUGCUGUACUAAUGAAGCAAAAUGUUUGGCCAAUUGUGUUUAUGUGCAUAACAAUUCUUGAACCAGUUUUGUGUGUUGUCAACAUCUUUUGUGGUUUAAUUUUAGUCAUCUGUGUAUAUUUGUAUUUUUUUUAUAAUAAAAUACAAAAAAUUAUAUAUAUAUUAUUUAAUGGGCAGAUCGCAGUGGUGUUGUUAUAUUUAUUUCAUUAUGUUUAUAAGCCAUCGAAGAUUUUAUUUUGAUUGGAUAAUUGAAAGAUAUAAGUUUUCAAUUUAAAUGUUGUUAAUUCAUGUGCAUUGUAUAUUUGGGAUACGAGAUGUAGUUUGUUCAGUUAUAAAUAAUUAUAGGUUUACGCUUCCAGAAUGACUGAACACAGAUACUUGCUGAAUAAAAUGUGAAGAUUCACUUAACUAAAGGGACAAGAGUAAAAAUCACUAGGUACCGAAGUUGGGCUGCAGUUGUUACUAUACCUCUACAGUACCUAGAGAUUGUUAAUACUAAUAUUAAUACAAAUAAGACUGGUUUUUGCUUUUCAAGGAUAUUAGAUCAUUAGCCUGGUGAGUGCUGUACAGUACAGUUGGGUGAACAAUAUUUGGACAUCCCCUGAAUAGUAGGAAUGUCUCAUUUUGGUAAACACGGUACAGUGCAGUAAUCUGCAUUAUUUCAUAGAUCUGACAGUUUGUGUGACAUUAACCACAAUAACAGUGCAGUAUAUAGAUCAAAUACUUCCCACAUCUAUGGUAUAUCAUAUUUAUAGGUGGUAAAGAGGAGAGUUAUUUUAAGUAGAAUAAAUUUUAGAGGGCAAGAAUAAAAGAAUUUGAAUAAAAUUGUCAUCGCCACCAACACUAUUCUACAGCCACAAUUACCUGAUGACAGCUCUCCAUGCUGCACAUGGUCUCAUGCAACCUCCUUUGAGACCAUGCAGCAUGGUGAGCUACCAUCAAGUAACUGCAGCUAACCCAUGCAAGCUGGGAUAGGAUGUGGUGUACAGUAUAUUGGACACUCAAGACUUUUGGUGUGUAGUGUAGGAAGCUAUGCUAUGAUGUAAAAGGAAUUAGCUUACAUUGUGUUUUCUUUAUAUGUAUAAAACAAUGACUAGAAAAGUACAGGCAGUCCGUGAGUUACAACCAUCCGACUUACGAACGAGAUCCCAAUACAUUCAUUGCAAAAUUUUAUAAUUAAAAUUCUAUUUUUACACUUUU